GCUCCCAAGCUCCACCAGGGUGCUUGUGUCACCAGCAAGCUCAGGGCCCAGCAGGGGGCGCUCUCCCCUGGCAGUUGGGGUGGCCCCAGGGUGGUGCUGGGGGGUGCUGAGCUGCAGGGGGCUCGUGGUCCCCAGGGAGCUCCAGCUUUCAGCUACGUGACCCUGCCCCAUAAGGAGGGACAUGGGGGGCAGUGCAGAGCCUGGGAGCCAACCGCUGGCGCCUGGCCCCGACUGGCCUCUCCCUAGUCCCCACCCCUGGGGGCAGGGACCCAUGGGCCCUCCCCAGCCCGAGGCGGGUCCCCUCCCAUCCAGCCCGGGCCCAGCCACCAUCCGCCACCUCAACCUGGACCCAUACAAGCCGCUGGUCUCCCAGGACUGGAUCCUGUGUCCAGGCUGGAACCUCCUUCCCUUCACCUCGGUCAUGGCAGCCUCCGUCUCCUGGGUCCCCUUCUGGUCACCCCUCCGGCUUUCCAUCUUCCUGCUGGCCAUCAUGACCUUCUCCAUCUUCCUCCACCGGAGGGGCUGGUUCCCUGCCAGAGGACGGAGGCUCCCCUCCUCCAAUGCCAUGGGGCGGCCUCCAGCCAUGUCUCUCAUCUUGCCCCCAACUACACCCCCCACCGCGGAGCGGGGCAUGUGGACCGUGAACUCCGCCGGGCGCCUGGGGAACCAGAUGGGGGAAUACGCCACCCUCUACGCCCUGGCCAAGAUGAACGGGCGCCAGGCCUACAUCCUCCCACAGAUGCACCAGCAGCUGGCACCGCUCUUCCGCAUCACCCUGCCCGUCGUCUCCAGCGACGUGGUCCGGAACAUCCGGUGGAGGAACUACGGGCUCCACAAUUGGAUGUCGGAGGAGUACAGGCACAUCAAGGGGAAAUACGUCCGGCUGACGGGCUACCCCUGCUCCUGGACCUUCUACCACCACCUCCGGCAGGAGAUCCUCCAGGAAUUCUCCUUCCACGACCACAUCAAGGAGGAGGCCAACCGGUACCUGGCUGGGCUGCGUGGGCAGCGCCAGAACGUGACCUACGUGGGCAUCCAUGUCCGGAGGGGGGACUAUGUCCGGGUGAUGCCCCAGGUUCGGAAGGGGGUAGUGGCGGACAAGGCCUACCUGGAGAAGGCUAUGGGCUACUUCCGGGCCAAGUACCAGGAGCCGGUCUUCGUGGUGACCAGCAACGGGAUGGAGUGGUGCCGGGAGAACAUCGACGCCUCGCGGGGGGACGUGUAUUUCUCGGGGGACGGGAAGGAGUCGUCGCCGGGGAGGGAUUUUGCUCUCUUGGUCCAUUGCAACCACACGAUCAUGACCAUCGGGACCUUCGGCAUCUGGGCUAGUUACCUGGCUGGGGGGGAGACCAUCUAUUUGGCCAACUACAUUCUCCCCGAUUCCCCCUACCAGCGGCACUUCAAGCCUUCGGCAGCCUUCCUGCCUGAGUGGAUUGGCAUUGAUGCCGAUCUCUCCCCACUGCUGAAUGGGAGCUAUAAAAACAAUAAAUAAGAAAUGGAAGAAAGUGGCAAUGGAUAGUAAUAUAUAUAAAUCAGAAACUAGGGAUUGUAGAAAAUUGAUAAGGGAAGCAAAGGGACUCAUGGAGACGUCUAUGGCAAGCAAAGUUAAAGACCGUACCGUGGUUUUAAAAAAAUGUAUAUUAGGAACAAAAAAGAAUGUGGAGACUGGCACUGAUCCCUUUUAGAUGGAAAUAGUAGAAUUUUCAAUACUGCAGACCAGGUAAAAUUUUUCAAUAAAUAGUUCUGUGUCUGGAAAAUAAACCGAAACAGAUGAUGUUGUCAUAGUAUAUGAUGAUGUUAACACACUUUCCAUUCCACUAGUUGCUCAGGUGGAUGUCAAACAGCAGCUACAAAAGUGAGUCAUUUUAAUAUCAGCAGGGCUCAGUAAUAUGUGUGGAAGAGUUUGAAAAGAGCUGGCUGAGGAAUUGACGGCACUGCUUGUGUUGAUUUUGCCCUGCAGGAGGCCCAGAAGAAAGCUCACGUUGUGGCAAGUUUUAAAACGGGUAAAUGGAAUGACCCGAGUAAUUAUGGGCCUGUCAGCCUGACCUCGAUCCUGGGGAAGACAAUGGGGUGGCUGAUACGGGACUCGAUUGAUCAAGAAUGAAAGGAGGGUGCCGUAAUUCCUCAGCGUGGGAUUGUGGAAAUUAGACCCCGUCACACUAACUUGCUAGCCUCUGUCGCUGUGGUCGCACGGUUGGUGAAGGAAGGUGACAGGGUUGUUGUCACAUCUGUAGAUGUCGGGAAGGCGCGGGAGCUGGUGACUGAUUAACAGGAACGUCAGGAAAUGAGUGUGUUAAAGAGAGUCGCAGCCACCCAACUGGCAGGUCUCAGAAUGUACCUGCACAUGGAGACGUGCCAUCGAGCGGCAGAGGAGGCGGGGGAGGGCAUUUCCGAGGGCAGGUCCCGCAGGGG